AUGUUAAAUGUGUCCGUGCCAAAUCAACGAUGCCCGGGAAAGCUUUACUCCCUCCCACAUCAAAUUCCAAAUUUGGAAUGAAUUUUCAAAAUUUGUAAAUAUCAUUAUCGCCGCCUUCUCCGGUCAUAACUCUUAAAAUCCAACCGUACUAAAAUUAGAAAGACGGAAAUACCCCCAUGUAGCGUAAUCGCAAAUUACAAAGUUUUGAAAUUGCAAAAAAAAUGGCGGCAUCUCAGCACCUUUCUCUCUCCCUCCUCUUCUUCCCUCUCAUUCUCUCUCUCUCUCUCCCGCACUCUUCAGAAUUUAGAAUUCAGAAUUCGGAAUCAUUCUCAGAGUACACUUACCACUCACUACAAAGGUCCUUAGGGUCUCACACCUCACUUCGCCCAUCUCCUCUCUAUCUCUCCUUCUCCUCCGUUCUCAUCUCGUCAAACCCUAAUACCCAUUUCCACACCUUAUCGUGUUUGGCGAACAUGGAAAACAAGGAGAAUCGCAUGAGGGUUACCCGUGCUGCGAAGAAAAGGGCCGCUUCUUCAAUACCCGAGAUUCAGCAACCUCCUGUUACGAAGAAGCGAGCGGUCUUGGGAGAACUCCAUAACUUGCAGUCCAAUGUUGUCUCCAAUCCGACUGCGAUUCUUGAACCUCAGAAGAAGGCCGCUUCUUCCAUGCCCGAGACUCCGCAACUUCCUGUGACAAAGAAACGACCCGUCUUGGGAGAGCUCCCUAACUCGCAGUCCAAUGUUGUCUCCAAUCCGACUGCGAUUCUUGAACCUAAGAAGCCCAAAUGUAGGUUGAAGAAGAAGGAUGUGAAGCCCGCCAGGCCGGACAUUGAUCCGGAUACUUUCGAUCCUCAGAUGUGCGUGCCUUAUGCGUCUGACAUCUUCGAGUACCUUCACUCCAUGGAGAUGGAGGCGAAAAGGAGGCCGAUCCCUGAUUACAUUGAGAAAGUUCAGAAGGAUGUUACAGCAACCAUGCGAGGGGUUCUGGUGGAUUGGCUGGUUGAAGUUGCAGAGGAAUAUAAGCUUGUCUCUGACACUCUUUACCUUACCGUCUCCUACAUUGACAGAUUUCUAUCUUCGCAUGCUAUCAACAGGCAAAGGCUACAACUCCUAGGCAUCUCCUGCAUGCUUAUCGCUUCCAAGUAUGAAGAGAUCAGUCCUCCACAUGUAGAGGAUUUUUGUUAUAUAACAGACAAUACUUACACGAAACAAGAGGUGGUAAAGAUGGAGACAGAUAUUCUCAAAUUUCUGAACUUCGAGAUGGGAAAUCCCACCAUAAAGACUUUUCUCAGGAAAUUUACUAGAGCAGCUCAAGAUGAUCAGAAAUCACCCAAUUUGCAAUUGGAGUUCCUUGGAUGUUACCUUGGAGAGCUAAGUUUGUUGGAUUACAGUUGCAUCCGUUUCUUACCGUUCUUUUUGUUUAUUGUUUUUCCUUACUUUGACUUUUUGUUGAUGGAGAGCCAUGAUUUUGUGAUGUUUAGUGUCAUAUUUUAUGGUUAG